AUGUUGUCGCAAGCAAUCGCUCAAUACACUGAGCACAGAACCAUUUCUUCUCCAUUGCCUUCUGGUCCCGCUCCCUUCACCUCUUCCGAAGACUUCAAACUCUGCCGACCAAACUCCAAGCCCAAGUCUAAAAACUGGGAUCAUCAUCUCAGCACAGAAUGCCGUAACCGACUACCUUCAAACCUCAAAGCGUCAGCCAGCAGUGUAAAGCCUGGAUCAGACGGUGCACCGAUAAUCCCACAGCGACAGAUCAGUCUGGGAGCCGGCCGACCAAUUCCAGAGUACUUUCCUUGGGAUGGCUUGCAGCUUUCUGGCAAGACGUCGAGGGCGUCUGGGGUAGAGGAUGAAGCUGUUGUGAUGCCUUGUAUGCGCGGCGAGCAAGAUUUCGAUUUUGCUGUUGCUUUGAACUAUGGCUAUGCUGCUGGAUCACCACAGCUGUUGAGGUUCAUCACAGAGCAUAUCGAGAUGAUCCAUGACCCGCCGUACGAUGAUUGGGAAACUUGUUUGACAAGUGGUACUACAUCAGCUAUGGACACGGUGUUCCGCAUGUUCUGCAACAGAGGAGACUGGAUCGUUACAGAAGAGUACUCAUAUCCCGGAGCCAUCGAAGCUGUCACGCCGCUUGGGAUCAACAUCCUCGGUAUUAAAAUGGAUGGCGAAGGUCUUAUCCCGGAAGAUCUAGAGGCGAAAUUGAGGAACUGGGAUCCGACUAGAGGAAAGAAGCCGUCGCUGAUGUAUAUUGUGCCUUGCGGACAGAACCCCACAGGCGCCACCCAAUCGACAGAGAGAAGGAGGAAGAUCUAUCAGAUUGCUGAGGAACACGAUUUGUACAUCAUCGAGGAUGACCCGUACUACUUCCUCAAGCUACACUCAAGAUCGGAGUUCGGAGAAGACGCACCAAUGCCCGUUGACGAGUACCUUCGCCAACUGCCUCCUUCCUAUCUCUCCAUGGAUGUUUCCGGCCGUGUCGUACGCCUGGACGCUACAUCCAAAAUCCUCGCACCCGGACUCCGAUGCGCAUGGAUGACAUGUUGCUCCCAAAUCGCCGAAAAGUACAUGAACUACACAGAAGUAGGCAGUGUUGCACCCUCCGGCUUCUCGCAGGUAGCCAUGUACAAGUUGCUCGAUGUGACUUGGGGUCAUGAUGGGUUCAUCCGUUGGUUGUCAUUCCUAUCUCACCAAUACCGUCAACGAAGAGAUGCUUUGGUAGCAGCGUGUGAGAAGUAUCUGCCUCCAGAUCUGUUCACAUGGGUUGUCCCUGAAGCUGGCAUGUUCCUGUGGUUGCAUCUGCAAUCACCUACGCCACGCAUUCCGUGCGUAUCUUGCUCGGACUGCUCGAUUGAGAAGGAGAAGACUGCAUUGUUGGACCUCGAGGAGAGAAUCUACAAUCGUUCAAUGGAGAAGGGAGUCGUGAUUAGCAAAGGCAGUUGGUUCGCGGCCGAGCCCGAUCAACUCAAGGGAGUCAAGCUGCGUCUGACUUUCGCUACUGCGCCUUUGGACAGCUUUGACUGGGCAGUCAAGCAAUUCGCAGAUGCCGUGAGAGGAGAGUUGUCAAAGUAG